AUUUAUUCUGGUGGUUUAGGUCAUUUAAAAUCACAAAUAAGGAUGAGAGUUCGUUACCGGAUAUUAGCUCAACUCCAACCGUCAUUUGAUGUGCGUCACACAAAGCAGAGUCCGCGUCCUGUGCGUGUGAAGGAGCCAUAUUGGGUCAGCCGUUAAUACCCUGUUUUUAAUGCUUUCGUUCCACAGCUGAACUCGUCUGGGCACAAACGGAGGGGCCUUUAGGUUUUAUCAAGAUGUCGGCGGAUGAUUUUCAGUCGAAGUAUGCCUCCGUCAUGGAGAGUAUGUUGAAGAGCGCCAUCGCGGAGACGACUAAACUUUUUGAAAACAUGGUGGAUGAGCUGAAGGAAGAAAUAUCCAAGAUCAAAAAGGAGAACGAGGACCUGAAAACGAGAUGUUUCCAAUAUGAGACUGCCAAAAGCAAACCGGUUUCUCACACAGGAGAAAGUCACUCUGUUACAGAACCAGGCGAUGCCUCUGAGAAAUGUGACACUGCUAUACAGUGUGAUCUUGUUCCUUGCCGAACAAUUCUGGUGGAGGAAUGUGAACCAUUAAUGCGCAGAGAACUGGAAAGCCAUGGUCAGCAAUGUAGCUAUAAGUGGAACAACUACAGUUUACAAGAGCACAACUAUGUCAGUUACAAAGACAGAAAUUCUCAGAUGGAGUUUGUAGUUGUCAAGGAAGAGUCCCAGGUCAAGCAAGAAGAUGAUGACCCUGAAUUUGAAUCAGGUUCAUUUGGGGCUUCUGUUGGUGAAGCUCCAAUUGGAAGACCAAACGUAAACAAUUCUUCAACUGCCCAAAUAACAAUACCUCAAAAAACGAACAACCCAGUGGUUUUACAGUUACCCUGUUUAGAAACUGAAAGUUCACAGGUAACACACAACCAGUCCACUGACAUGCAGCAUUCCUUUGUUAUUUCACUUAAAGAUGCCCUGAGGGAUGAUAUUAAGGAAGAGUCGGAAAUAGUGGAAGUGGCAAAACAAGGGCUCGCAACAUCUGAGGGCAAACAAAUCGAUCCUCAAGUAUGUCACAUGGACAGUGCAACAACACAUAAAGAGCAAAUCCAUUUAGAGUCUGCAUCAGUCAACACAAACAUGGCAGGUGAAGAAUUAAACAAAGAAGUUCUUAAAACGGAAGAUAAUUCCAAGCCCAAAUCUUUAACAGGUCGCAAAAGAGGACGCCCACCAAAGAAAACUAGGCAAAAACAAGCUCUUCCUACAACAGAUAAAGAUACAAAACACCAGGUGGAGUUAACACAUCCUUUGGUGACUUCAUCUGUUAUGAGUUCAUCAAUCAAAGAGAGUGCAGAUACUUCUUUGAAAGACGACAUCAUAGAUGUUGAAUCUUUGAGUUGCACCUUUUCCUCUGGAGAGCAACCCACAUUUGGAUUGCAAGAGCAUUGCCCAGAAGUUGUAAAAGAUGUGACAGCAGAUAAAACACCAGCCACCUCAUUGGGUGUACCACUACAAGCAUCUUCAGGUUUGCUCAAAGCUUGCCAGACUUCAGUUAGCCUUCAGGAUGCCUUGCUGCUCGUUGAAGCUAUGAAUCAGACAACUUUGGAAAAAAAUGAUCUCCCAUUAAAAGUCACAUCACAGCCUCAGAUCACCUCCAGUUCUGUUUCUUCUGUGGGUUCCUUCAAAGCAGUAGUCGAGACCCCAGCAGUGCAACAGAUGGCUUCUGUUGAAACUCUGACCUCAUCUGCAUCUGCCGAUUUAAUAGCUGUCUCUUCAUCAAAAGUCGUAGACCUUCAAAAUGUUGUCACACUACAACCGUCACAUUUGCUUCCAAGCUGUACCACAUCAUCAUCUUUGUCAUCGGCUUCUGCUACUCAGACUGUCAUUAAGUCACUUCCGCUUCCUCUGAUCCAUAGGCAGGCACCCAAUAAAGGACCUCGUACAAUAAUUAUUCUCCCAAGACCUUCUCUUAUAUCUGAUAUUGCCAAAGCAGGGUCUCAAACCCUACGUUCUCCAGUUAACCCAGCAACUUUGAACAAAAGUUAUCUACCUCCUUCGUCUACAUCAGCUACGCCUCCCCUUUCUUCAGUUCCCAAAAAAACUAUUAAAGUUGUCUACAGGAAACAGGAUCCUGUCAUGUCUUUACAGUCAAGCACCAUCUUUACAGAUCAUCAGUAUGUGGCACCUCAAACAAUAACUAUUGUUUCAAAAACGAUGCCAUCUGGAGUCUCCAGAGAACCUGAGACAAUUGCUCUUGCAGCAAGCCUGGAUGACAAGGAACUCGUAGCUGCUGUUCAUCCAGAAUCAUCAAAACGCCUGAUGUCGGAGUUACAAGAAUCAAGUUCAUCUUAUUCAGGUCAUGCAACAUCAUCUAAAAACUUACACAGCACAACUGACGACCUCAACUCUUCUGGACAAAUUAGCUCUAAUGCUGAAAGUACAAUAACUUCCACUCAAGAACAUUCAGGUUCAGAAUUUCCAGCUGUUGGAGUACCACCAUCAGUGUCUUCGACAUUAACCCAAGGUACUGAGCGCAAACUCAGAGCAGUGGUCAGAUUAACUCGACUCCCGUUGUCCAUUUCCACCAAAGAAUCGGUCUUAAUCUCAACGUUGGUAUCAAAGGGUAUUAUCCAAGAAAAGUCAUCAUAUGUUCAUGUCUCAGAUGAGGCAGAUCGACUAACUCCUGAUUUGGAACAGGACAUGUUAUGCAGUGAUAUGGAGGAUGAACAAGAAGGUGCAUUCAUAACACAGGAGGAUACAUCUGACCCUCAUGUUCAAAUGAGUAAAGCUCAGUUUCUGGCCAAACUCUCUGUGUCACCUUUGGAAACUGAGUCCAAUAUUAAUGAAAGUUCAAAUGCCAAAGGAACCAAAUCCAUUGUUUCCCGUCUACGUAGUCAUCUGCAAGCUCAUUUGGAAUCAAAAAGAAGUUCGACAAAACAGGCUGCAGGAGAAGAAAUGCGGACUGAGAACAAAAACAACAAGAAACCACGGCUAAUUGCUCAAGACUCAACCAAAAUACCAGCUCAAGCUCUUUAUAUUGUCUCUCCAAGUAAGCUUGCUUGUAUGCAGAGUUUAGGACUGCACAAGGGCGGUGGUGAACUAAGCGAUACUUCUAGAAUGUCAGUAUCUACAAAAGAAUCACCUAAUGUAGGUUUUAAGAAGCCUUGUUCAGGUAGACAUAGUGUUAUGAAAUCUAUAUCUGAAAGUCCAAGGCAGUCGAGCUCUCCAAAAGAAAGUACAAGCAUAAAUAUAACUAAAUCAACUUCUGUGAGCCCAAAGAAGCCCCCUUCAGAUGAAAAUGAUACAAUUUCAGGAAUCAAAAGGUCCAGCUCUGUCAGUCCCAGGAGACCCACUUAUAUAAGUUUUAAAAUAACAGGAGAUGAUUUCACCCCUAAAAGUACAAAAUCCAGUUCACUGAGUCCUAAGAGGUUAACCAAAGUAGCUUCUAGUCUUGAAAAGACAAAAUCUAGUCCAGGUGAAAGCAGCUCGAGCCCUGAGAUGUUGAGCACUCGAAGUUGCUCUACAUCACCUAAAUCCAACCCCAAGACAAAAUCCAUGAAAAGAGAAUACAGUUCUUUCACUCCUAGGAGGUAUAUUGUAACUGCAGACAGUUCUAUUACUGAGAUAACUAAGAGUGAACCCGAAUCCCCCAGUCCAAAGGGUCUUAAAAUGGCAAAAAAUGAUCCCAAUGACAGUCCCCCAAUGGCUGUAGAAUCCAGUUCUAAGAAACCUCAAGGCCAUUGUGGUCGGAAAACAAACCAUAAAGUUGCAAGUGCCAAGAAAUUGACCAAUGCAGCUAAAGGUAGGAGAAGAGUUGGGAAGAAACGAGGUAGCUAUAAAAAGAAAAAGCUGGAGUUACCAGUGAUUUCAUCAGGGGUUGUGAAGAAGUGGCGAGCUAAAGUGUGGUAUCCUCCUACGCUUCCGCCCAAUGAAAAACCUAUGACAGAUAUAAUAAGGCCGCCACCUCUAAAGGUAGAAUACAGAAUUCCAGAUAUUCCCCUUAGUGCACCACCUAUUGUGUCACCCUUACAGCCGUUGGCUGUCAUCGGCAGGCAUCUGCUGAGGAACCAGUGUGGAGAAUGUGGCCGUGUUUUUAGCAACAGCAAUGCACUCGAGAGCCAUGUCAGUCUCCAUAAAAUAUACCGGCCUUUCUCCUGUAAACUCUGUGGGAAGUACUUCCCAGACUCCAAGACUUUUAAGCGUCACGAUCGGGUGCAUCGAAACGGCAGGAUUCACGUCUGCCAGCACUGCGGGAAGGGUUUUGUUUAUCGUUUCGGUCUAAGCAAACACAUCCAAAUGGUCCAUGGCAGGAUAAGACCUUUUAUCUGCCAGGUAUGCGGCAACGGCUUCUACACCAAACGGGAUGUAGAAAUCCACAUACGGAUCCAUACCGGAGAGAAACCUUUCCAAUGCCACAUCUGUGAAAGGAGAUUUACAAGGAAAGUGGAGUUGAAUGUGCAUUUGCGGUGGCACAAUGGAGAAAAGAGACACUGGUGUCAAUACUGUGGUAAAGGAUUUUUAGAUUACAAUAACCUGAAGAGACACAAAUAUACCCACACCGGGGAGAAACCAUAUUCCUGCCCACACUGCCCCAAGAAUUUCUCUCAGACUGGUCACCUGAAAAAGCAUGUUAAAACUGUGCAUAAAAAAUAAAACCGGGAUAAUUUAAAAAAAAAAAAAAAACAGAGGACCACCCUGUUCCUUUCUGUGCUUGCACUGUAAGAGAUAAAAUCACCUAAUUGUACGUUUAUUCAAAAGUAAUUUUUUCUCGUUUUGUUUUGUUUUACUAAUGACUUGAUGCAAGCAGUACAAAGUUUCCUGCUUUAGAAACUGGUUUUAUUUUCCUUUUGAAAAAGAAAAGUAAUUAUCUUGUAUUAUGCAUGUAAAAGUUUAGGAAAAUUAAACCAAAAUGGCAAAGUGUAUAAUGUGAAUAUAGAUGCAUUGACGAGCCCUAAAAUUUCAAUAGAAUUUGCACAAAAUAGAUGCAACUUUUAGAAGAUAAGUUGAUGUCUUAUUUUUUUAAAACUGUUAUAUAACUGGCACAGUGUGCUUUUUAUAGUGUAGCAAGAAAAAAACAUUUGUUGAUAUAUUUGCUGUUCGAAAUGAUUCAUCUGGAAUUUAAAGACAACGUUAUGCAAACUUGUGCUUUUUCAUUUUAAGGUGGGAAAGUAGUUGGCUUUACUUCAUUUGUGAGUAACAAUUACCAGAUUUGUGGUAACUUGUAUUUUCAUUGCUUGCCAUAGCUUUUAAGGAGUGCGUUAUAGGAAAAUUAUCUUACAUACUGAAUGCUUUGUAAAUUUCCAAGAGUCUGCAUGUUGUAGCUCUUAGAUACUUGUUUUAAAUUAUCCAGUGACGCAAGUAUUUGACUCACUUUCCCAUAACCUCACAAACAGUAAAAUUUUUUAACGAGAAUUAAUGCAACAUUGAAAUUUGAACCAGCAGUGAACACAUUGUUUAUCUAAAUAUAAUUCUUCUUU